AUGUUCUCAACCUCGCUGUCAGGGCUCUUUGACUCUCACCGGCGCUUAUUGACAGGAUGUUCAGCGGGGGAAUCCUCUUCAGGAGAACGAUUUACAGAGUGGAGCUUAUGGUCUGAUUGUUCGAUAACAUGUGGUUUGGGAACCGCCUCUCGUUCUAGAGAAUGUCAGCUUGAUAAUGGAGGUUUUUGUAAUGGAACUACCGUCGAAACGAAAGUCUGUUUUAAAACUGCAUGCGCAAUUCCUCCAAUCUGGACCACGUGGAGUGCAUGGACGGAAUGUUCAGGGACAUGCGGAAGUGGGAACAGGACACGGCAGAGAACUUGUACAAAUUCUUUUUCGUGUCCUCGAAGUAUGGAGGUAGAAGAUUGUUUCAGUGGAUGUAGAUUACCUAUGUGUCCAGCAAAAGGAGAUGACUUUGACUGCAAUUUCGAAACACAGUGUUGGUUAGCUGAUGAAAGUAAGCGAUGGGUAAUUGGUAAAAACACUCCUUCUGAGAAUACUGGACCAGAUGUUGACCAUACCUUUUUAAACGGAUGUGGUCAUUUUGCUUACUUCGAAGCAAGUUGUUCAAAAAAAGGUGAUACGGGAUCUCUAUCAACGUCCAUAAAGAUUGCAACGAUUUCACAAUAUUGCUUCAGUUUUUGGGUUUCAAUGUAUUCAGUUUAUCCAAAGCAAAUGGGUGUUCUGAAUUUAUAUUUUAUACAAAGCCAAAACACGCCAACUCAACUUUGGUCUGCUCAUACUAUUUUAACAAAUUCUUCAUAUACUUGGAAGAGAAUAUCAAUCUCUCUUAAUGUCACUAUUGGAGAAGGUUUUUAUGUAAGAAGAAUUACAUAUCUACAUACCAAUACGAUGAUAUUUGAAGCAAUACGAGGAUUUGGGUUUAACUCUGACAUGGCUAUUGAUGAUGGUAAAUUAACUGAAGGGGAAUGCAAAGGUCAAGUUGAUGGGCAUUGGGGAAUCUGGCAGCAAUGGACACCAUGUGUUGUCACAUGUGGAAGUGGCGUCCAAAGAAGAAACAGAACAUGCACGUCUCCUGCACCUGCUAACGAUGGACUAAAUUGCGUUGGUCCUGCAACAGUGACAAGAAGUUGCCAACUCAAAAAAGAGUGCCCAGUUAAUGGAGGCUGGUGUGACUGGUCAACUUGGUCAAGCUGUUCGACUACUUGUGACAACAGCACAAGGUAUCGUAUGCGAGAAUGUGCCGAACCAGCCCCGAUGCAUGGAGGAUCACAAUGUGUUAAGGUUAAUGGUACCAAUGGCCUAGAGGAACUCCAAGUGGAAAGUUGCUAUAACGAACCAUGUUUUCGUCUUGGCGGAUGGAGUGAAUGGGCGAAUGUAACUGAAUGUUCCGUCACUUGUGGAUCAGGAACAGUUACAAGAAAAAGAAAAUGUUAUAAUCCAACACCCCUAGGAGAAGCAAGCUCAUGUAUUAAUUCUAAGAACGUCCCAUCUCUGGAAGAAAUCAAUGCGUUAGAUUGUUAUAACUCCUGCCCAGAAAGAGGAUGA